CCGAGUCACCUUUCUAUAGUAAGAAACAGACACACACAUAUAACGUCCGGAAUGAUUUGGCUAUUUGUGAAAGUUAUACUUGUAGUAACCGUAGGGCUACUAAGAGUCUCCUCGGUUGCCGAUGGUGCAUGUCCCAGUUACUGGACACCACAUUCUGACUAUUGCUACAUUGUUCCACAGAUUGCACAGUCUUGGACAGAUAUGAUGGCUUUAUGUAAGGCCGUAGACGGGGAGUUGGCAGACAUAACAUCGACGGACGAAAACGACUACGUGGCGCAAUUAGCCAAGGAAAACCACCCAAGUGGAGGCGAAGUUUGGAUUGGAGGAACCGAUUCAAUGAGCGAAGGGAACUGGAUGUGGAUAGGUUCUGGAGACGCAAUGGUAUAUAGGAAGUGGGGGUCGAACCAACCAGACAAUUCUGGAGGGAGUGAGCACUGCCUGGGAAUGAGAACAAGCGGGGAUUGGAACGACGACGACUGCAGCAGACACAAUCGUGGAGUGUGCAAGAGAAGGAAAUACUCGAUUCCCGUAGUUGGAAAGUAAACACCGCUUCCCUCAUGUCGACAUGUCAAGUGUAAAAUUAAAUAAAUUCUAACAGAA